AUGGCUCCUCGACCCCGUCUAGAAGGCAAGGUCGCAAUCGUGACGGGAGGCGCGUCGGGGUUCGGCAAAGGCAUCGUAGCUAAAUUCGUCGAAGAAGGGGCUCGAAUUAUCAUCGCCGAUCUCUCGGAGGAAGCUGGUCGAGCGGCAGCCCAGGAGCUGGGAUGUAAUUUCGCAGCAGCCGAUGUGACGAAACGCGAGGACUGGGAACGUCUUCUUCAGACGGCUCUGGAUACGUCUGGCCAGCUCGACAUUGUGGUGAACAACGCCGGAGCGACGUACGCUAAUAAGCCUACCGAAGAGGUGACGGAUAAAGACUUUGACCUCGUCAUGAACGUCAAUGUCAAGUCUGUAUAUAUCUCCACUAGCGUUAUCGUACCCUACUUCCUCGAAAAGAAGAGAUCGGGGAAUUUUAUUCAGGUUGCUUCUACCGCCGGUGUUCGACCGCGCCCGAGGCUUACCUGGUAUAAUGCAUCAAAGGCAGCUGUGAUUAAUGCUACAAAGACGAUGGCAGUCGAGUAUGGACCUCAGCAGAUCCGGUUCAAUGCGGUUUCUCCAGUCGUUGGAAGCACAGGGAUGACACACCUAUUCAUCGGCAAGCCCAACACAGCUGAGAACCGCAAAGCGUUCGAGUCUCUGAUACCGCUAGGUAGAGGCUCGACUCCGGAAGAUGUCGCUAACGCUUGUUGUUACCUAGCUAGCGACGAAGCUGCCUUCAUCACCGGGGUCAACAUCGAGGUAGAUGGAGGGAGAUGUGUUUGA